UUUUCAGGAAAAGAAGUUGAAAAUAUGUUCAAGAGUUCGGAUAGCUUCUUUGAUUCGUGGUAAGUUUGAGUUCUGUAGAUUUGGGUUACUCAAACUCUGAUUGGUCUCUGGAGUACAUGUAGACGUUAAGAUACUAUAUGCUCUGAGAGAACAGUGAGCUGAGAGGGAAGCCUAUAAAGUAGUAACACUCAGAUAUAGAAACAUUUUCAUAUGAUAGUAGUAAUGGUGCCAGCACUUCUUCCACCAACGUCACUGACAAGCUUCUUUACUGGAAUGAGAAAAAGUCAUCAGACCUUAUGAAAAGAGGUGCUAGAAAUACAUGCGUAGGGAUUUUCUUAUGUGCAAGAUUCACUGAGUUCUUUUUUAUGACCAUAUAACCCAUCUACAGAAAAAUAUUAUUAGGUGCUAAAUCCACAACAACUCAAGCUUUGGAACCUUGGAAAAUUGGCUUUAGAAAAAGAAAUCACCUGGCAAGCUCCAUGUCUCCCUUUCUCACAGGAUUUUUGGAAUAGGAUUAGGGUCAACAGUGAUUUUUAAGUCUCACAAAGAAAACAAAAAUCGAUUUCUUGCAAAACUAUCACUGUUCAAGUUUGGUUUUCCAGCAUAGAUCCGGGCUGCCAAGAAUGCUGGCUCCUGCUAGGUGUUCAUUAGCCAAGUCAGGGGAUGGUCAGGGCAUUCAUCCAGGUGACCUGAGCCAACCCCACCCACUCAGAAAACCAAGACAAGUUUGCCUGGUAGAGCAAGGGGCCUCGCUGGCUGCAGGCUGUUACUCCAUGUGUCAUGACUGACACCACAACCAGCUAAAGAACACUUCUCUGUGGAGGUGAGCAUCGCAGAUGUUUUGCACAUGAACCCUGAAGGGAGCCUCUGAUCUAUUGCCUGUAGCAAGAAGAAGGGGCCAGCCUGAAGCAAAACAUGCCAUCUGCACUCGCUUGCAUGCUGCUUGUUCUCAGCAUCAGCCUCCUGAAUGGACAGUCACCACCUGGAAAACCUGAAAUCCACAAAUGUCGUUCCCCUGACAAGGAAACAUUCACCUGCUGGUGGAAUCCUGGGUCAGAUGGAGGACUCCCCACCAAUUAUUCACUGACAUACAGCAAAGAAGGAGAGAAAAACACCUAUGAAUGUCCAGACUACAAAACCAGUGGCCCCAAUUCCUGUUUCUUUAGCAAGCAGUACACUUCCAUAUGGAAAAUAUACAUCAUCACAGUAAAUGCUACGAACGAAAUGGGAAGCAGUACCUCGGAUCCACUGUAUGUGGAUGUGACUUACAUUGUUGAACCAGAGCCUCCUCGGAACCUGACUUUAGAAGUGAAACAACUAAAAGACAAAAAAACAUACCUGUGGGUAAAAUGGUUCCCGCCUACCAUAACUGAUGUAAAAACUGGUUGGUUUACAAUGGAAUAUGAAAUUCGAUUAAAGUCUGAAGAGGCAGAAGAGUGGGAGAUCCACUUUACAGGUCAUCAAACACAAUUUAAAGUUUUUGACUUAUAUCCAGGACAAAAGUAUCUUGUCCAGACCCGCUGCAAGCCAGACCAUGGAUACUGGAGUAAAUGGAGCCAGGAGAAAUCUAUUGAAAUACCAAAUGACUUCACCUUGAAAGACACAACUGUGUGGAUCAUUGUGGCCGUUCUCUCUGCUGUCAUCUGUUUGAUUAUGGUCUGGGCAGUGGCUUUGAAGGGUUAUAGCAUGAUGACCUGCAUCUUUCCACCAGUUCCUGGGCCAAAAAUAAAAGGAUUUGAUACUCAUCUGCUAGAGAAGGGCAAGUCUGAAGAACUGCUGAGUGCCUUGGGGUGCCAAGACUUUCCCCCCACUUCUGACUGUGAGGACUUGCUGGUGGAGUUCUUGGAAGUAGAUGACAAUGAGGACGAGCGGCUAAUGCCAUCCCAUUCCAAAGAGUAUCCGGGUCAAGGUGUUAAACCCACACACCUAGAUCCUGACAGUGACUCUGGUCAUGGAAGCUAUGACAGCCAUUCUCUUUUGUCUGAAAAGUGUGAGGAGCCCCAGGCCUACCCCCCUACCUUCCACAUCCCUGAGAUCACUGAGAAGCCAAAGAAUCCUGAGGCAAAUAUUCCUCCCACCCCAAGUCCCCAAAGUAACACCCCCAAUUGUCAUACAGAUACAUCCAAAUCUACAACAUGGCCUUUACCGCCUGGCCAGCACAUGCCCAGAUCUCCUUACCACAGCAUUGCCGAUGUGUGCAAGCUAGCUGGAAGUCCUGGAGAUACACUGGACUCUUUCUUGGACAAAGCAGAGGAAAAUGUUCUAAAGUUGUCUGAAGACGCUGGAGAGGAAGAAGUGGCUGUUCAAGAAGGGGCAAAAAGCUUCCCUUCUGACAAACAAAGCACAUCUUGGCCGCUGCUCCAGGAGAAAGGCCCCACUGUCUAUGCUAAACCCCCAGAUUACGUGGAGAUUCACAAAGUCAACAAAGACGGAGUGCUAUCAUUACUCCCCAAGCAGAGAGAAAACCACCAGACAGAAAACUCUGGGGUUCCUGAAACCAGUAAGGAGUAUGCCAAGGUGUCCGGAGUCACAGAUAACAACAUCCUGGUGUUAAUGCCAGACUCACGAGCCCAGAACACAGCUUUGCUUGGGGAAUCAGCCAAGAAGGUUCCACCAUCGCUUGAACAGAACCAAUCUGAGAAAGAUCUGGCCAGCUUUACUGCAACCUCAAGCAACCGCAGACUCCAACUGGGCAGGCUGGAUUACCUGGAUCCUACAUGCUUCAUGCACUCCUUUCACUGAGAGCUAGACUUAUGGACCGAUUGGCUAAAAUGUGAUUUCUCUUCAGGUUAACACUACAGAGUCAUGAAGUAAUGUGGUCUGCUAACAGAUGUUACAGGAUGUGGGUAUAAAAAAGAAAAAAAAAAAAGAAAAACACUACUUCACUCCUCCACACGCUUGUGUUCAGCAUUUGCCUCUUUCCAACAGCUGAUUUCCAGAACAAAUCAACUUGUUUCCUGUGAUUUGUACAUUUGCUCUUUGCUACCAUAUAUAUGUGUGUGUGUGUGUGUGUGUGUGCAUAUAUAUAUGUAUGUGCAUAUAUAUAUGCACAUAUAUAUUUUUUUUUCAAUGAAAUAAAAGCACAUCGCUUACUAUUCUUGAGGGAUGGUGCCAACAGGUAUAGCCUCUGCAAUAGAUUUGUCAUCAGACAGAAGGUAUGAAAUAGUCUAAAUGACCUAGCACAAGAAGAUGACAGAUAGGCUCGAAAUGCCAUAAAAAUGGCUCUUAAGAACUGAUGGCUAAGCCUUUACACUCCUCUUUCAUUUUCAUGAUGAUGGUCCCGAUAUUGCACUUUUUGGAAAGAAUACAUUCCAGGACACCAGCCAAAUUGUUUACAUCAGUCCCUGUACCUUAAUGACCCAUCGCCUGUAUGCAAACGGUCCCAUGCCCCCAGUGUUUUCUUAAGAUGAUUUGAAUCUGUUAAGCAUGGUUAUUCUGCUGAAACUUUAUUUUAUUCUAAGGCUUCUUACGUGUAUAGUUUGAGGAAAUAAAAUUUUCAUACAAAAUAAGGCCAAUGGAUUCCACGUAGUGAACCUUUUCAAAUGUGUUCCUUGCUUCUUUGAGCAGGAGAUGAUUUGUUAUAAACCCUAGUAUUUUCUUAGUAGAAAAAAGAAAUUUCCCCAAGACUAACAAUCUAAAAGGUAAUCAUUGCAGGAUGCUAAUAGAAGUGUUGCCUUACUGUACAUACGAUUCUACUUUAAUACAAACCCGUAAGUUUAGCAAUGUAUUUUUGAAGACUAUUUUUCUAUCGCUUAAGUAAAGUAAAGACUAUUUUCUAACUUCCCAGUACUGCUGUUUACGUAGUCAAGUGAGUAGAGUGAUUUUGGCUACAAGGUUACUGUGAGUGUUCAAAGUUUAUCAGUAUAUGCAGUCCCUGUUAGACUGAAGUGCCAGGCAACCCAUUGCCCACUGAGGAAUGCAAGGUGGAUGAAAACCUCAAUUGAGUACAAUAGAGUAAGGUUUAUCUGAUUAUUUUUAUCCCUAGGAUACGUUAAACAGCAACAACCAUCACUGACUUUGGGUUUUAGGGCUUUCUAUAGACCUAACACAUUUCUCCCAUGAGUUUAGGGCAUCUGCCCACCUACGGACGAGUCUCCCAAACCACCAUGAACAAGGGCAGUGAUGACUAUGGAGGGUUUCCAAGACAGAGAUCUGAUUUUGUUUUGUUUACUUUUAUCUGAGCAAUCCUGCACACAAAAGGAUUUUAAGUAAAACGAACGUCAGCAUCUCCUUGGAAUUCAUGCAUUUGCAAGACCUUGACACAGGCUGUGCUCACGUCACAGAUGUCCAGAUAAAAGUUUUAGGAAAGCAAGCAUCUGCCCAGUGAUAACAGUUUUAAAGGUCAGGGGAUGGUAGAAUCUGCAAGCCAACUCCAAGGGCAGGCUUCCUGGGAAAGUUCAAAGCAAAGCCUUGGGUCUCCAUUGAACAAUAGCAUCUAUGACUCACUCUCCCUCUGCUUGGCAAAUCAGUUCUCUCUUUUCACCAACUGGAUAUAGAGACUCUGAACUCACCUCUUGUGAGUUCAACAUUUCACCCAACAUGCACAUGCCCUCGGUGAUUCUCCGACAAAGGGAAAGAAACAAAGAAAACGCUUCCAGAACAACAAAUGCAAGCAGCCAAAGCUUAUAUUCCAAAUAUAUAAGACAUCUUGUGAACAACAGAAGCAUUUGAGAAAGUUGUCCAGGCCCAUGCAAUACCCUGAAUCCUCCAUACUGAAUGUCUGAGAAACAACAGCAUCUUCAAAGACAUAGAGAAUUGGAGUCUGAAUGGUAGUGCAUUCACUAAGCUCCCAGGCACACGCAAGCUGAAGGAGAAGCAUUUUUCUCUAUGAUCAUUUUCAUGAAAAGUUAUUUUUCUCUCCCUCUCUUGGAAAGUAUGGAGCAAAGUUUAUUAACUUGAAAUGAGCAACAAUGUAUGUGAAGAGAAAAUAAGAUCAAAACUCUUAGUGAUUUAAAAUUCAUGUAGCAAUGUUUCUUAUAUAAAGUCACACAAGACAAUGACAUGCAAAAUACACACAACCUCCAAGAGGAUCAGUGAAUCUAAUUCACCUGGAAAGCUACCAACAAAAAAAAAUAAACGCCAAAGCCAAUGCAGGCUAAACCUUCUUUGCCAAGACAUUCUAUCCUUCUCCAGGAGACAAAUAAACGGAUUUAUUUACAAGUCAGCACUAUAAAAUUGAUGCUGCAUAUAUUGCUCAUAGUAUGAAAUUUCUAAAAAUUGGCUUUAGAUAUGUAAUUUUGCAAAUGUGGAAAAUAUGGCUGUCUAAAGUCAAGCUACAUUCCACAAAAAUAAGUUAGCAUUCAUGAGAGAAAAACAAAUCUAUACAGUUCUAUACAUUUAUUAAAUUCUUGUGGUCAAAUAUUUUCUAUUGAAAGACAGCUGCUUGAAUAAAAGAAAGCAUACUAGGAGUUGACACCUGGGUUCUAGUUCUGUUUUGCCUUGGAAAGACGAAUUACCUAUUCUAGUUUUCUUUGUGUUGGACCCAAUAAUCUCUACAGCCUUUUGAAAUUCACUCUUCUUGAUUCUGUGGCUUGAUGAAUAAUCAAAACCAACCCCUUGCAUCUCAGUGAAGUUUUCAGGCAAUUAUAAAAAUGCAGAGCCACCUUCAUUCCUGUGCUCAUCCUGUUUCACUCUUUAAAGUCUCAGCACCCAUUUGUCUCCACAUAAUGAACAUGUUUUUCAUAUUAUAUGGACACAGUGUAAGUCAGACUCUAGGAUCAUAUGGAGAUAUGGGUGCUGAGGUAAGAUAUAGCACUAAAAAAGACACAGGAAAUGAGACACAAGCCUUUAGCCAUGCUCAUUCCUACAUGGAGCCAACAGCCUCAAACUUCUGUUCUUGUAUUUGGUUGUUGCCUGUUUUCUCGUAUUCCUGUUUAAUGAAUAACCAUUGCCCAUAUAGAUUAAAGAAUCUUUUGUGCUGAAUCAUUUCAAAAUGUAUAGCUUUCUAAGCAACUCUCUGAAAAUUUUCAAGUUAUGAAGUACAUGGAAACUAAAUAUAUUCAUUUGGAUUGUUGAUGGAACUUUAGGACACAAAUGGCAGAAUGGUCUCUGAUAAGUUUUAACAAGUACAUAGAAGGAACUUCAUAUGAGCACAACUUACCAUCAGCAAUGCCACUGACUUUUAAUAGAUGAUACAUUCUCCUAAGUGCCUGAGACUAAUCAUGGUGGUCAGUGAUAGGUCAAUGAUUCACUGUAAACCAGUUUGGUGGGAAACAGUCAAGCCCAUGUUGCAUGUGUAAAAUUAAAGCCAAGAGACUCUUUACUUGAUCCAAGGUGAAUCCUCAGUCAAUGAACAACCAAAGGACCUGAACUCCAGGGGAAAGUUUGUCCUGAUGGAAAACUAGCUCCUCCAUUUUCAUUUUGCUUUAGCUGUUCAUCAUUUGUAAAAUGACCCAGCCUGCCCUUAGCAACUUCAAUUUAGCAUAGACAAGAGAGAAAGAGAUCUGUAUAUGUUUUUACAAAGUGCCUUUCUUUGCUUCUAAAAGGUUUCAUUUUGGAAGAAAAGUGCAUUAAUUGGAAAACAAAUUUUAUCUUAAAUGGAUUUCUUUUAAAUAAAUGGAGAGAUGACAAAAAAAAAGGAGGGGAGAUGACAAAAUGUUCUAAAGACUAACCAACAAAAUGUACAGGGAUUUUUGCGUAUAGUUUAACUGAAUCAUCAGAGAACUGAAGUGAAUAGUAUCAAUCACUUUGCCUGAGUCUGAGCGUGAUUGGAGAUGAACCCAGGAGCCUGUAAUUCAAGACUUUCCAUUCUGAAAACAAUGUUGAUUCAUUCUUGAAUGACACUGAAUUGUAUGCCUGGCACCGAAGAGGCCAAUGUGUGCACUUUGAAGCUCUGCACACAGAUGGAAAAGUAGUAAUGACCUUGAAUAUCUAUCCUGUGACUUGUUAUGGAUGAAAGCUUUAUAUAUACAUCAUCAAACAAGGUUUCUUUUCUGACUUUUUUUUGGCUCAAGCACAAUACUGAUUCUGGUCAGAGAGUCUCUGAGCCCUCAGUGUCCAGCUCUGGGUCAUGUUACUGCUACUAAAUAGGCUUCAAGACCUUGAUUUUUUUUUUUAAUUCUGACCACUUGUUUCCCCUCUUGUAGGUUAACUCUCUCUCAAAAAAAAAAAAAAAAAAAAAAAAAAAAAAAAAAAAAAGCUUCUACAAUUUCUUCUAGGUCAGUCUUAGAUCCUCAUGAGUUAAGUAAAAUCUAAGCUUGUAGGUGAAAGGCCCAGGGGCCAUGGCCAACACACCCCUAACUUAGACAGUAAAUGCCUGAAACUGUGUAAAGAAAUGCUUAACAGAAACCUGAGAUCCAUAGCUCCAAGUCAGGUAGACCAGAACUCUUGCAUUCUGCCUCCUUACCAUUUCUACAUUCUUAGAGCCUUUCAGCCCCUCUUUGCAGGGCCUGCUAUUCUCCCUAAAGGUUAAUUAUGCAGAAUAGUAAAGUUGGGGUCUGCAGGAAAGAAAUUACCUACAAACAAUGAUUUGACUCUGCAUAAGAUGAACCAAUUGUUAACUCUCCACACAGACACAAACCUGAAUUAUGGUCAUAAAUGAUGCUUCGUUUUGAUAUGUAUGUGUUUAAAGAUUCAAGCCAGCAACUCCUGUUCUAAUAAAUCUGGGAUGUCUUAAUGAGUAGAUGUUGACUGCCUUAAAUAGAAACUUUAAAAAAUAUACUGUUUUCUUCAGAGUUUACGAUUCAACAAAAGAAUCUACGUAUAAUUACAGUCCUUUCCUAUGAGUACUAGGCGUUAUCUGUGAAUCACAUGCAGAUUUUCCACUUGGAGUUUCAUUUUCCAAAAAGAUAACUUUAGGUUUGAGCUCUGCCGGUAUCAAUUUCCAGUGGAGGGGAAAGAUAAAAAACAGAAUGUUCCAAAAUGUAGGGCAUAUCAGAACCCCACCAAAUGGGGUAUUCAUUCACUCAAAUCUUACCGGAAAUGGUAAAUCUACAUGUAAUUGUGAGUGAAUUGCAGAGAGGUAAAUAUAACUUCUAAGACCAUAGGCUAACAGCAGUUCUGUUAACACCAAUUCCUUCUAUCUCAAGUUAUAAAGCAUUGAGACACAUAGAGUAGGAAGGCAACCAUCUAUACAGUCUGGUCAAUGAGUAAAGGGACUCACAGAUAAUCUUAGCAUGUUGAUUAAUAUUUACCUACUGUUGUUUAAAAAGAGAAGAAGAAAUUCUAAAAAAAAAAAAAAAUUGUAACAGAAACAGGACUAUCAAAAACAAACCUUAUUAGUUAUGGUCAAAUUAUCCCCCCCCCAUACACUUCAAAAUACAGGCUUGGUUUUUCUGUGCACAUUUUGCAAAGGGGGGGGGGGCUCUUUUAUCACAUUCUCUAAAAUACAAACAAUAAAAAAGAAAUUUUAAGAGAAAAAUACCUCUGAAAAUCAUUUGUUUUACUAAUUCCUGAGAAACAGAUUUUGAACUUUUAAAACUACCUCCCUUCCACAUCCUAACGACCUUCCUUCAAAGCUGCUUAUAGUUAGAAAUGAAAGAUACCACAUUUUUAUGUUUGGACUGGUGUUGAUGGAGUAUUUGAUAUACUUUUCAUGUGACACUCCUAACUCUAAAGUAUGUUAUUUUACUGUAAUGAAUGUUAUUUUACACUAUUUUGCUUUUUUGUGAUUCAAAACCCAUAUAUGCCAUAUUGAAGUAUAUAAUCCUCUUAUUGUAAAAUUUAUCAUGUAAUUCAAGUGAUAAUCAUUAUUUAAUGACUUGUGAUCUAAUCAUAUCUAAUUUCAAUAUAAUUAUGUCUAUGUCUGUAAAGCAAAGCUAAAUCUAUAUAAUCAUGUAUGUAAUCAUAUAUUUCUGUUGAAACUGUGAAUGUUCUAACUUUCCCUUUAACCUUUGUCUACAGUGAUAGUGUAUGUCAUUGUAUAACUGACUUGGGAUGCUAGUGUGUUUAAAGUACAAUUCACCAGUGGUUGAAAUGUCAACCCUUUGGCUUGGCUUCUUGUGAUCCCCGAGUGUUCUCUGCACCUUGAGACUUGCUUUUGUGCUUUGUGCUCUGUCAUUAAUUUUAAACAAUGUAAGAGUCUCUUGUAUAAACCAAAGUAAUCAGCCCACUGAGUGAUCGUUGCCUUCAUUGCCUUCUGUAAAGCCAUACUGAAGCAAAGACUCCGCUGUAGCUUAAGGUCCCCUGUCUCCAGAGCUGCCACUACCUCGCUCCUGCUCUUUCCCUACAAAAUGCCAAACGAAGUUUAACCCUUUACUGGAGUAUUAGAAGUGCUUGCUAUUAUUGUCAUUUUUAACCUGAUAAUAAACCUUCUAAUUCAUUACCUUGCAGAUGUAUGCUAGGUUUUAUGAAUAACCAUUUUCACAGUUUGAUAUUUUGUAGACAUUGCCUGAUGAGCUAAGUUCAGAAAGAGUACAUACUCAGUCAUCAGAUUUAAAAAAGUAAUCAGAGAGUGCAGGUGUUUUUCCUGUCAGUGAGUCACCUCAAGUUGGGUGGCCAAAGCAACUAUAACCUUGGUCACUAUAGCUGAAAUACCCAACUCAGUGCCUGGCUCAAAGAUGUUUAUCCCCUUGGCCUCCUUUGGUUCUCAUAUUUUUUAAUUAGGUAUUUAUUUCAUUUACAUUUCCAAUGCUAUCCCAAAAGUCCCACACACACUCCCCCACCCACCCACUCCCACUUCUUGGCCCUGGCAUUCCUCUGAACUGAGGCAUAUAAAGUUUGCACGACCAAUGGGCCUCUCUUUCCACUGAUAGCCGACUAGGCCAUCUUCUGAUACAUAUGCAGCUAGAGACACAAGCUCCAGGGGGUACUGGUUAGUUCAUAUUGUUGUUCCACCAAUAGGGUUGCAGAUCCCUUUAGCUCCUCCAUUGGGGGCCGUGUGAUCCAUCCAAUAGCUAACUGUGAGUAUCCACUUCUGUGUUUGCUAGGCCCCGGCAUAGUCUCACAAGAGACAGCUGUAUCUGGGUCCUUUUUUGUUGCUGUUGUUUGAGAUGAAAAUGAACAGAAUCACUUGGAUGUGGAUGAAGUGAGUUUUCUAAUUUUUGGCUGUCAGAUCUAUAAUCAUAAAUUUGCAAUUUCAUUUCCCCAAACUCCCAAGAAAUAAAUAUCCUCUUAACUUGAUUUUAAUCAUCAAAUAUCUUGUGGUAUUGAAAGAGUCAGCCAUUUAUCAGAAACAAUCUUGUUUUGAAUUUAAAGACUCAUUUCUAUGUCUCACUACUGUGAUAUCGACUUUUUCUUUAGUAUUAAAGGGUGAUAUGAUGCUAAACUCUUAUGAUUUAUCCUCCUACAUUUUUCACUCUGCAAAUCUUGGGUUAUUGCACAUUGUACUUCCUAGUUUUUAUGAAUUUAUUCACUUGUCUCCAUCCACUUUGUAGGGACAACAUGGACAGUUAAAUCUUUGUCAGUUAUAUGAAGAUAAUGCUAAUUUCUCUCAUAUUUUUACUGCAUGCUAAAAAUAAUGUUUGCCAAAUGGAAUCUUAGACAUCCCAGAAUAAUAUGGUCACUAUAUUUCUAUUUCUGUCAUUAUUGAAAAUACCCAGCUCAGUGCCUGGCUCAAUAAAUGUUUGUUUUCCUGG